AUAAUAGCCGGCGGGUGAAGGCGUGGUGAGUGUGGCUCAAUACGAGGCGAGUGUGCGCGCCACAGUAGGACCGGAGGAUGAACAUGGACCGCGGCUACACAGCGGCUCCCCUCCCUGGAAAAAGCAGCUGGGGAGAAAGCUGAACUGGAGGUGAUCAUUAUGCCGGGGAAGCUACAACUUAUCGAUACGUAAACCGGAUAAAGGGAGUGCAAAGAUGACCGAGGGCAGACUGUGCCAAGUGCAGCUGCUGGAUGACAGGAAGCUGGAGCUGCUGGUUCAGCCUAAGCUGCUGUCGUACGAACUCCUCGACUUGGUUUCCUCCCACUUCAACCUCAAAGAGAAGGAAUUCUUUGGACUUGCAUUUUAUGAUGACAAUGGUCAACGUAAGUGGUUGCAGAUGGACCGCAGGGUUCUUGAGCACGACUUUUCGAAGAAGCCCGGGCCCAUUGCCCUCAACUUCCUGGUCAGGUUUUAUGUAGAAAACAUAACACAGCUUAAGGAUAUCAUAACGGUGGAGUUAUUCUUCCUGAAUGCAAAAUCUGCUGUCUACAAUGGGAUUAUAGAAGUGGAAAGUGAGAACGUCUUCAAAUUAGCUGCCAAUGCUUUGCAGGAGGCAAAGGGAGACUACACAAGUGAUGAAAACACUAGAGGAGAGUUGAAGAAACUACCAGCUCUUCCCACCAAAGUACUCAAGGAACACCCAUCACUUGCAUACUGUGAGGAUCGAGUAAUCGAACAUUACAAACCGCUGAAAGGAGUCUCCCGAGGACAGGCCAUUGUGCAGUAUUUGACGUUAGUGGAAUCCUUGCCCACGUAUGGCGUGCAUUAUUAUGAAGUAAAGGAUAAACAAGGGAUCCCGUGGUGGCUCGGAAUCAGCUAUAAGGGCAUCGGCCAGUAUGACCUGCAGGACAAAUUAAAACCUCGAAAGCUUUAUCAGUGGAAGCAACUGGAGAACUUGUACUUCCGAGAGAAGAAAUUUGCUGUUGAAGUAAAUGAUCCACACAGGAGAGCAGUAACCAAGCGGACCUUUGGGCAGACGGGCCUACUCAUCCACACAUGGUAUGCCAGCCAUUCUCUGAUCAAAACCAUUUGGGUCAUGGCUAUUAGCCAGCACCAGUUCUACUUAGACAGAAAGCAAACCAAAACUAAAUUAGGAAUAGCAAGAAGUGUGGAGGAAAUUGCUAUGGAUCUCACAGAGCACGGAGGUGCAAAAAUACACAGACUGGGAGACACAGGCCUGAAGAAUAACUUCAUCACUGCCAGCAAUGGGAGCCUGGUGUCUACAGGUUCAGCAGACUCUGAAAUGAGUGAAGAGCAGAAGAAAGAGAAACUCUCUGAGCUGAGGAAAAAAGAGCAGGAGAUCCAAGAUAUUUUGGCUAAGAAAACAAAAGAACUGAAGAAGAUUUGCCUGAGAGAGGCGGAGCUAACUGGCAAGCUGCCGAAAGAAUAUCCCCUCUCUUCAGGUGAAAGGCCGCCGCAUGUCAGACGGCGAGUUGGCACUGCUUUCAAGUUAGAUGACCUUUUCCCCUACAAUGAGGAUCCCUUCCUGAGGAACCUGGAGAGCAGAUUUGCCCUGCAGCGAAAGAUUGUGGAGGCGGCUAAGAAGCUCGCAAAUGAGUCAGAACUGUGCAAAACCGUGAAAAAGAAAAGAAGGAGAAACUGUUUGGAUGCCAUGCAAAAACUCCAGCAGAUAGAGGAUGAGAUGAACCAGUAUAGAAUCAAGAAGGGGAAAACGCCCACACAGCGAGCCUCAGUAAUUAUUGCAGAUGAACUCAUCCGUUCAGACUGUAGCUCGCUGUCUAGUCUCCCUCUGGAUGAUGAUGACUCAGACGGUGUCAGUCAGAGGCCACGGUCACGGUCGGUCCAAGGUUCCCCUCAGCUCAGUCCGAUGAGAUCGCUGGGAGCAGAAUAUGAUGUGGAAAGACGAAAGGGAUCUCCGAGGGAAAAUCACCAAAACAAGAACCACAGCAGAUUAGCUUUUGAAGGCCAGGAUGCUUCCCACUACUACCAGAGUGCAAGAGAACCGUCCUCCAGCCACAGUAGUCCUUAUAAAACCCUUCCCAGACCUCCUAGAGAUCCACACUGCAUGCCUCCCACCCCGGUUAUGACCCGCAAUGCCUACAGCAGCAGCCAGCUCAGGUCGGAGGGGUCUCCUCAUAGCUUCAGGCAUCGCAGCGGGAGUCUGGAGUCGCAGCCCCAGCCAAGAAAAGAUACAGACUCCGAGAAGCCUGUCUUUAUGUUGUCACCAGCCCACCGCAGCAACAGCACAGAGGUGUUAGAGGAUUGCUCGUCCUAUACCAGCCAGUCCAGUCUGGACUACUGCGGGGCGGCCAACUCCCACUACAGUACACUGGACUCCCGAACCUCAACCAUGCAUCGUCUUCACAGGAAGGUGGAAGUGUAUGGAAAUACUGGGAGUAUGCCCAACUUGGUCCAGCACCAUUCUGGUUGUAGUUAUUCAUGUGAGACCUCACCACACUAUGCACCCAGUGCCUACUACGUCGACGGCUACCCUUGCCCGGACAUGGAGCCUUACUCCAACGGUGCCUACGUGUAUGAGAAUGAAGUAGAAGGCCACUACAACGUCAACCCUUCCUACCAAAUAAAUGGGUAUCAUGGACAUGACAGAUUCAGGAAUUACAGCAGUGACCGGGCAGAUAGUCUUUCCCAGAAUCCCUACGCAACAGUGAGGCCGCCGCGGAACAGAGAGGGGCCCAGGAAUGAGCUGUUGGCCAAGAAUAUGCAGAAGGCCCUGGUGGCGGAGCAUCUAAAAGGCUGGUACCACCGAAGCAGGGGCCCCAGGGAGGGAGGUAGGGGGAUGCUGGCUGGAUAUGACUUCGACAGCGGCUCUCAGCUCAGCCUGGGCUACCAGACCAUGCCAGCAGCCUUCAGCCACUCCAGCAGAACCACUUCUUUUUCAUCAGUGUCCUCGGUGGAAAGCACAGGUAACUGGCGCAACCAGCUGGCAGUGGGCCUGACCGAGUACGAUACACCCGACACACCUCAGUACCCACACCCCGGGGUGCCUGCUUCUCCUUACAACCGCAGUCCCUCACACAGCAGAUUUACCCGGGUGGAAAAACUGAGCUCCGCUGAAAAGGCCAAAAACCCCCUUUGGCACAAAAAAAAGCCCAUGGGAAAAGCACGACGGGGGGGUGAAGUUAAAACACACAUAGGCUGUACACAAACAUUUGUUGCUGCCACAACCCUGUCUUGGGAGAUGUCCUGUCUGUUAAUUGUUUUUUUUUGGCAAAGUCUAUGUGUACGCUGUCCUCAUGUUAAAGUAACCUCUGAAUACAGUGAUGACACUCUUGAAUGACUUUCCCAUGUGCCUUGGAUUGGAAGAAUUGUACAGGCAGAUGAGAAUGUGUCAAGGAACUUUAAGAUGUUGCACACCCACACUGGAUUCAAACCCUUUUGUGUUUUAAAGAUUAAUAAUGAGGAAAAAGGAGGUGUUUUUACUGAAAUCCAACUCUGUGUAUUUUAGCAGGAACUAGCUACUGCCUUAUACAAAACAGUAGGUUAGAGAAUAAAAAUGUUUUUCACCACUUUCAUCCCAGUAAAUAUAUAAAACAUCCAAAUUGAAAACAAAGCUUGAACAUGUUCACAGUGUGAAAGUACAAGAACUGAAUUGAUCAAUCAUUAGAGCAGACUGUGUAUUUGAUGACUAUCCAUUUCUUCCAUUCGUUAAACUUUUAUUCAAAAUGUGUUCUGUCAAUAUUGUUUAUAGAAUCAUUUGUAUUUGUCGGUGGCGUAAUGUGUUUUAAAUUGCAUGGUAAGAAUAUCCUUUUUUUUUAUAACUUCUUUUUAUAUUAACAGAAGACCACUGCCGUAAAAAAAAUAACAUUUGAGUAUCAUUGUUUGUUUUCUCACACAUCUGUACAGUCAUGUGACGUUAUAUGUUGUUAGAUGUUGUCAUAAAAUAUUUUCCACUGGGAACCAGGAUGUGAAUAAAUACAUGUGUGACACAUAGA